AUGUGUAAAGAAAGAUAUGAUCAGAUGGAACUUACUAGGGCAGUGACUGGUAUUGUUGCAGCAUCUUCCAGUGCGGAGAAUGGACUACCACCUGAGGUUUGGACCAUGAUACUCCGAGAGAACAUAUGGCUCCCCGAAGCAACGCGGCUAUGGAGAAGGGAUUCUGAGUCCGGCAGGAUAAUCUGGCAAGUCUCUGAGUGCCAGAAGGAGCUUAGAAAGCUGCGACUUGUUAACAAGACCUUCAAUUCGAUACUCGCAUCAAUCGCAUACGAAGUGGUAGACCUAUCUACUCCCAGCUUUGCUGAACGACUUAGACGACACGCAAGUCUAAGUUUUGAUCAGCAAGAUGGUUACAUCGAGUUCAGAGAUAAUAUCUUGCGAUAUUGUCAGAAGCUAAAGCUGAAACUCAUUGAUUUCCCACAUCAUGAAGAGCCGCUACAUUCCCAAUUCGAAAGGCUUCUCCAAGAAUUGUCAAGUGUUGAGAAUCCUUGCAAAUGCCUCGUACGGAUUGAGUGGGACAUCAGCGGUUUCGAGGAAGAGCACAUUGAAAAAGUUUCGAAGUACAUCCUAGCUUCAAUCGAGCCAAUCUUGAAGAGAAGUGUUCGUUGCCGUAUUGAUGCUUCUAGGAGUGUUUUCAGGAUACAAGUGACCAACCAGGAUGGUACGUUGGAGCACGGCGAGGUGGGGUACAACCGACGAAGGGCGUUGACCCCUGAAGGAGGAGUCUCAAGUUCACCCACUCCACUGAUUCUCGACAUUCACGAAACCUAUUACAAUCCAAAAAUGCUCAAUUUCUUCGGAACAAAGUCUUCACUCCGGUUUCCGCCAAUGAUCGAGCUCAAAAUGAGUAAUGUAGGCUGGAGCAUUGGAGAUGAUUACAGAAAAAUGUGGGAUUUCUCCUCCCUUGGAAACUUGAAUUUGAAGAGUGUCGACAUACCCGGCUUCUUCACUACAGUUAAGCCAGAAGAGUUGGUAAACUUGCGCAGCCUCAGCUUGACCGAUGCUUAUGACGAAGUUGACCAGAUUGAAUCAAUGAGGGAGAAUUUGCAAGACUUGUUUCGACAAUUCAAGAAGCUCCAGAAACUCAAACUCAAGUUUGGGUUUUAUUAUGAAAUUGUGUCGAUUUCAUUGACAUAUACAGAAAAAUUCAUAUCUGCAUCGGAGAUCGCUCAGCUUGGAGCGGAGUGUAAGAAUUUACGGGAUUUGAGGGUUACUCUUCCUGUGGACACGCAAAAGCACUAUCAAUUCUUCGACGCUUUAGGACAGUUGGAGGACGUGAAAUGUUUCACCCUUUACGCCGACGGGGACAAAUUCGAAGUCUACGGCGUAGGUCGCUACAGCACCGACCCUGACUACGACGGAGCAUAUGUAUUGCUUGACCAUCUCCGAAAGGUCAAGUUGGGUGAACCUAUCGCAUACUGCAGGGUCAAAAUUGCCGAUUGUUGGGGACGGAGGAGAACCGGAGAACGCGCGAGAGACUACAACGGUUAUCUUGGUCAUAGAGAGUUUAGCUAUAGCUUGAAGGACGAAAUGUUGGUGCGAAGUGGAUCAUCAAGAGUUGAUGUCUUCUAUGACCUAGUAACGCCUUCAGAGGGUGAUGAGCAUGCGGAUGAGGAGGAGCAGCGCGAGGUCGAUGAUGAUGAAGGCAGAGAUGACAGUGAUAUUUGUGGUCAGGCUUGA